AUGAGCACCCUUGCAGCUGAAUUUCGAAACGCCUACAUCCAUGGGUCGGGUCCUGGUCUCGCGGCAGUAUUCACUCCAAUUGCGACUACGAAUAGCCCUCAUCGCUUGAGCUCGUUCUACGAAUUCACUAAUGCCCAAUACCUCACACAAGACCUCGCUUCCUCCUUAUUUCACGGGAAAGGCCUGAAGGUAUCGAAAGCCGAACAAAAUGCUUGGGUCAAUGUUUUUGCCGCGUACUGGGAGGCAGUGGGGGAGGUUUUGAAGUGCGAAGAUCGUCAUUCCGAGGCUAGCGCAGCGGCUUUGUUCAAAGCCUGGAAGAAGGUUGCCAUGGCACUUAACAAAGGAUAUACGGACGCCAAUAUUCCUGCCUGGACACUGCCGUGCAUGUACACCGUCGGCAAGUUCUUACGCACCUUUGCGAUCAAGGCCGACAACGAGGCAGCCUCCCAGAGUUCGACCGCAUUUGGAGUCUUGGAUGAUGUAGCUGCUGAUGUUGAGAAGAAUGCCUACUUGGAAGAUGGAGCUCGAAUAAUCAAUCGCAUGUUUACCUUAUGUCUGACAGACCGUGCUCCUAUUGAAGACUCUCGGAAGUGGGGGAUCUAUAAUAUCACCAGUCUACUAUUCAAGACUUACUUCAAGAUCAACUCGGUUGGCCUCACCAAGAAUCUGCUGCGUGCGAUCAAUGCCCAGUCGCAUGAACUACCGCCAUUGGAAUCGUUUCCAAAGUCUCAUAUCGUCACAUUUGAAUACUACAUCGGUGUCAUUCACUUCCUCGAUGAAAAUUACACGGAGGCUGAAAAACAUCUGUCUACUGCUUGGCGCAUGUGUCACCGGCAAGCGCUUAAAAAUUGCGAGCUGAUUCUCAUGUAUUUGAUCCCCUGCCAUUUGGUAACGACUCAUACACUCCCCAGCCAACAACUCCUUGCUCCCUUCCCACAACUCGAGUUGUUCUUCCGCCCUCUAUCGAAUUGCAUUCGGAAAGGCGACCUUGUGGGCUUUGACGCAGCCAUGGCCGCUGGUGAAGAGGAGUUUGUGAAAAGACGCAUUUAUUUGCCUCUAGAGCGGGGGCGUGACAUUGCCCUUCGCAAUCUGUUCCGAAAGGUCUUCAUCGCUGGUGGCUUUGAAGAGCCCAAAGAGGGCCAGCCGCCUAUUCGACGAACCCGGGUACCCGUCGUCGAAUUUGCCGCUGCAUUGCGGAUCGGGACCCACGCAACGGGUCGGUCCCGAGUUGAUAUCGAUGAGGUGGAGUGUUUACUCUCCAACCUUAUCUACAAGGGUCUCAUGAAGGGCUACAUUGCCCGCGAGAGAGGCUUUGUCGUGCUAAGCAAGAACAAUGCCGCCUUCCCCGGAACUGGGGUCUAA